UCCUCACUUCGAAAUCACCUUUGAUCGUAUUGCAGACGUUAAUCAUCGACCUCCAGACAGCUACCUGCGUCCUCGCUGCCGCCCGGACUCUGUUCAUUAGUGUCUCGACUUCUAUCGUGCAGUUCAAUAUAGGAAGCACUCGAAACCCAGGAAGCGAUAGUUUAUUCAAAAUUUGAUGAGGAUAUUCCUUCCAUCGCUGGAUUCAACAGUCUCCAUGGCUAGGAUGGCGUUUUCCUCGCAUGUUCUUGCGUGCAGGCGGGGUCGCGAUGUCGUGCUUGAUUGUACCUCCCUCGCGUAAUAUCAUUCGCAAGCUGUCUGGACGGACGGCAGAUAGAAUUCCAACUUUCGUGGCUAGCAUCACGCAAACAAGAGAGGCAGUGAAUGGAGAAAGUUAGCCAAUCAAGCUAGCUGUGGCUUAUGAUGAUAACGUGAACAACGAGGUAAGGUAUGCACUUGAUUGAUGAUCUCAGGAUCUGUCCAAGUAUUCUUCGUACCUCCCCAUCUAUGACACCACGACAAAGUUUUCUCCUGCAGAACUUAUUGACUUUGACAACCGUGGCAACCGUGCGGUCCCUGCGAAGGCAAUUUCGUUCCUAAAAAGACAAUAGUGAAGUGAAAUUGGCGAAGCUCACACCAUGCAUUAAAGCCAAGAUGUACAAGUGCGUGUGAAGUUGGAUGACCGCACGGUCGCGCUUUAGGACAACCGUGUCACUGCGUAUACCGCAAUUCAUGUCUAUGACGCAACAGAUCAGGCAAGUGGUUUUGAACAAUGAUUUCGAAUCAUGACCUUGGCAGAGGUGUCUUCCGAUGUGUAUGGCCUGAAAUCUGAGUGGCCUUAGUUUUUGCGCAGUCAAUGACUCGAAUUUCAGAGGGAGCAGUCUAGAUAUUACGCAGUGCUGAGUUCGAAGCAUUUGUGCUACGAAGAGUGGAUAAAGCGUUGGUACUAGACUCAUGCGUAUAUGAAAUGUUACCGC